AUGGCAUUGCAGGCACAUUAUGAUGUAAUUGUGCUAAACCCCAAUGACAGUUUUAUGGACCUAAAUACAGAAAAAGAGUGGAAUGGGCCUUUAACACAAAAUAAAAAUAUUGAGUCCUCUUCCCAAAAAAUGACUCAAGCUGAGAGCUUUCUCUCUCUUAAGCAUCCUCCCCAAUGCAUUCCAAAAAGAUACAGCAACACCCCUGAAGAACACAUGGCUUACAUAUGGGAUUACUUCAUUUCAAAGACUGAAGGCAAGGAUGUUGCCUUCAUUGUACAUGGUUAUGGAGGCUUGGUUUUCAUGGACUUACUUGUUAGUAGAAAGUGGGAAGUCAUGAGCAAAGUAUACGCUGUUGCGCUUAUUGACUCUGAACAUCAUGUAGGACACCAGCUGGGAAGUGACGUACAAUUAUUAGCAUGGAUAAAGCACCACUGCCGGGAAUGGGUGACAAGUCCUAAGCCUUUGGAUAAACCUGAAGCUACCGUUUUGAAAAAGGAGUUUCCUACGGUUUCUGCUGGCACAGAAAAAUACAACUUAGCCCCUUCCUCUAGCCUUCAGUCCAUUUUUAAAUACUUUAAAAAAGCUUUGAAAGCCAAAGCAACUGUUAAUUUCUCACAAAUGCCAGUAGUAACUAGAAGCUCCACAAAAAGAAAGCAAAAUGCUUAA